AUGAAGUUAUGGGACAUUCUAGCCACGUGUUUGUUGCUCUUGAGUGCCGUUUCUGCACGUCCGAUCUUCCACAAACAGCAGCCUUCCAAUUACCCGGACCAGUUUGAGAACGUCAUGGACUUCAUCGAAGCAACUAUUGGCCGAUUGCGGCGGUCGCCGGAGUUGGAUGUCGGCUCUCAAGCGAAGAGGGACAAGGGACGACAGAAAGGAGCAACAAACGGCGAGAGGGGCGGACGGGGACGAGGAGACAGAAAGAGAGGUCAAGGGCGUGGUUGCCUGCUUAAAGAGAUCCACCUCAACGUGACGGAUCUGGGGUUGGGUUACAGGACCAAAGAGGAAAUGAUAUUCCGCUACUGCAGCGGUCCCUGUUACGAUGCCGAAACGAACUACGACAAAAUCCUGAACAACCUGACCCACAACAAGAAGCUCGACAAAGACACGCCCUCUCGGACUUGCUGUCGGCCGAUCGCUUUCGACGAUGACAUUUCAUUCUUGGACGACAGUUUGGAGUACCACACGCUAAAGAAACAUUCCGCGAAAAAGUGCGCCUGCGUUUGACGUAGCAAGACGGACGAUUGGCUGCUCUGAAGACAGAAAGCGCUGGGGGGCGUUCAUGUUGCAUUCGCGUUGCAAGUGACACGUUGACGUCCGUGAGCUCCACGUGCAACCUGCGCUAGCCGAAACGGUUUAAACUGUUCAGUAUUCACUUUGUUACCAAACCCACAAGAUUUCCCCUAAACGUAUGGCUUGAAUUGGUCAUUAUUGCUAUAUAUGGCAACAAUAACGCUAAUAAAGAGUCAUUCAGAGAAACAAAACUGCUAAAGAAGACUCUGCUGCCGUCAGACGUGGUCACGUGACUCGCCCGCAGUGGAUUAUUACGUUUACACUGUCGAUGAACGCAACCCUGUGGACUGACCCCAGUGCUCCAAAUAUUACAUAUCCAGAAAGCUAUCUAUAUAUAUAUAGUGUAUAUGAAAAUGUAUUUAUUGAGAUUUAAGUUAUUGUUAUUUAUUGCAAUCCAUUGUAUAAGAGUGUUUGUUUGUUUUUUCUUAUUUAUUUAAGGAGGUUUGUGUUCUCCAUCUUGGAUGGUGCCAAAUUUGAGCACGUUCGCCCAAAAAUCAACAUUUUGUCACGUCAUCCAAAGUGGCUUUCUUGCUUCCGUGAAACAUACUGUAUAUAAGAUGUAGGACAGAAUGGAUGAGCUGUUUUCUGUACCAUGAAAGUGGAUUGGGAUUGACAUGUUUCAGCGUGUAAAAGGACAUGAAAGCACAAUAUAAGUAUUAGAAAAGUGAGUCUGAAGUUUGUGUGCUUGAAGAACAGACCCAAGUUUAAGUUAUUAUUCACUGAUCUUUCCGUAUGCCGUGGCUCUAGUAUAUAUUUUGCUCUUGUUCAAUUAAAAAAUGAUUCCUCACACUAAAGCUAUUGUAUGGUUUUGGAAGACGCGUGCAGAAUGAGCUAUUUUGUGAUCAUUUUAAUGGUGCUUUUUUGUCAUUUUUUUGGAGCCAAUUCCCUUUCAUUCUCAAACAGAAGCUCAGAGAUUCUGCCUUAGAUCUCCUUUUGUGUUUCAUAGAAUGACGAAAAUGAUAUUUUUGAGCGGUUAAACUGUUAUUUUAAAGAAAUAAUCUGGGUUUAAAAUAAGUAUGUGUGGCAUAAUGUUGAUCAUCACAAAAAUGUAUUUCGACUCGUUCCUCCUUUUCUUUAAAAUAAAAGCACAAAUCUGUUCCACUAAUAAUGGAAGUCAAUGGGGUUUAAUCUAUAAACGUUAAAAU